GAGAGGGGCGGGGCUCUGGGCGGGACCGCACCGGGCGGCACCGGCGGCACCGGUCCGGGGAUCGCGCCGCUCCCCUCGUUCUGCUCCGCUCCGCUCCGCUCCCCUCCCGCCGCCAUGUCGGGCCUGGCCCCGGCCUGGGUGCCCACCCACGUGCAGGUGACGGUGCUGCGGGCGCGGGGGCUGCGGGCCAAGGCGGCGGCAGGCGGCGGCGGCAGCGAUGCCUACACCGUGAUGGCGCUGGGCCGCGACAAGUUCUCCACGUCGGUGGCGGAGCGGUGCCAGGGCCAGCCCGUGUGGCGGGAGGAGGCCACGUUCGAGCUGCCGCCGCCGGCGCGGCCCGCCGCCCUGCGCCUCACCGUGCUGCACCGCGCCCUCGUGGGGCUCGACAAGUUCCUGGGCCGCGCCGAGGUGGACCUGGCCGCCCUGAGGGCCGACGGCGGGCGGCGGCACUCCAGGUGGUACAAGCUCCGCUCCAAGCCAGGGAAAAAAGAGAAGGAGAGAGGGGAGAUCGAAGUGGACAUCCAGUUCAUGAGGAGCAACAUGACCGCCAGCAUGUUUGACCUGUCCGCCAAGGACAAGCCUCGCUCGCCCUUCGGGAAGCUCAAGGACAAGAUCAAGGGGAAGAGGAGCAGCGGCUUUUCCGACACGGCGUCGGAGAUCGUCCCCAGCGCCACGCACUCCCCGGCCGACAGCGAGGACGAGGCGGCCGAGAAGGAGAAGAAGAAAUCCAAGCUCAAAACGCUGUUCUCCAAGCCCGGGCUGCAGAAGACGUCGCUGUCGCAGUCCAUGUCCGUCCUGCCCACGCUGCAGCCCGUCACCACCAGGGUCCGGCUGCAUCCCCGCGACUUCCACCCGCACUGGGACGACGAGGAGCCCGAGGCCUCCCCGACCUCGGAACAAGCCUUUGGAAAUGCCCUGGAAGAGAAGUCCUCUCCUGCUCCUUCUCCCGUGUUUAAAUCUCGUAAAAUGGCGACGUUGGACAGCAGGCAGCUGAACCAAGGAGCCGCCGGCCACCCCAAGAAAGAAGGGCUGUCUUUGUUCAGUGGCCUUAAAUCCAAAGGCGAUCCCGUUUCCAAGUCCAGUCUGUGCAUCAAUGGCAGCCACGUUUACAUGGAGGAGAGCACGGCCAAGGACAGCACUCCAGCCUCUUCCCCCUCUCCUCGCAACCUGAGGAGGAAGCAGCUCUGUGUGUCAGAAGAGAACCUGUCUGCCAGACCCACCAAAGCGCCCGAGGAGGCGGGGGGAGCGUCUCCUGGCCAUGCCUUCUCUGGCUCUGCGUCCCUGGAGACCUUUAAAUCCAUGACUCUGCCGUCGUACAAACUGCUCACCAGCGAAGAACACCUGGAAACCAGCAUUCCUCCCAGCGCCGAGGUCGUUAGAGAGCCCAGAAAAACGGACCACAAGAAGUCUGCCUUGCUCUCUCUGGUCGCGGGGAAGAAGGAAGCAGCCAAGACCGCUGAUGCUGAGAAUAGUCCCGACAGGACCCUGCGGGAUGAGGAAAACAAAGUUCCGGAAGAGGAGAGCGAGCAAGAGGCCGAACGUCUGGAACCUCCAGCAGGUUUAAGCAGCGGGGACCCUUCCGGAGCCGCGCACCACGCAGACGACGCCUUUGCAGAGAAGCAGCCGCUCAACCCUUUCGAGGAGGAGCGGAAACCUGACCGAGCUGCUGCGCCCGCAAAGACCAGAGCUGUCAAGCCCAGACCGGGCGUGACUUCAGAGGAGGAAACCCAAGCCACGCUUCCUGCUCUUGCACCUGAUUCCCUGCCUGCUUUUCUCUCUGUGCACCGCACCAGCGGUGACAAUAAUCCUUUCAUUUCUAAAACGGGACGAAAGGUCCAAGUGCCAGGCUCUGAAAACAUUACAGCCUCUCCUGCACCUGCUACUUCACCUCCUCCUUUUGCUUCAGAGCUUUCGAAUGGCAAGAACCCCUUUGCUCCCGAGCGGGACAGGGCAUUUGCAGCCCCAGAUGCUGAAGGUUCUCCCCGUUUUCCUUCGCCCCUCCAUCCCGCAGCCUCCGUUCCCAAAGCGCCUUUCCCCCGGGAGCUCUCUGGUCGUGGCAAUAACCCUUUUGCUGGUGAGUGGGGGCAGAGCCCGUGGGGCCAGGGUCCUGCCAGCCCUGGCACGCAGCCCUCCCGGGGUCCUGCUCUCCCCUCCGAGCGCCAUUUCGGUGACAAUAACCCCUUUGUACCCAAGCCUGGGCGGGAGGCAGGUGCGCUGGGUUUCAAAGCAGUCGCUGGUUCUUCCCCUCUGUGCCUCCCCGGUGGUAAAAGCUGUUCCUCGGCAGAGCUGGGACACGCUGGUCGCGAUGCUUCGGGGAGCUCUGCAGAUGCGGCUGUAACUCGUAACGUCACCGCCGUGUCGCGCCCCCCGGGCAGCCCUUCCCGCAGCCCUGGGCUGGCGCCAGAGCCGCGCGAUUCUGCUCGGCUCCAGGCUGAGGGUUCUUCAGUGAGAAGGGAGGCAGGUGACAGGUCCGUGUCCGGGGUGGGGGGGGCUGUCGGGGAGGGCUCCGUCACCCCGCAGCCGCCGCCACGGCUGGCUGUGACGCCGAAUGAGCGCACACCGGGUUCCGGGGCUGCGCAGUUGGGUGCUGAUGUUCCUUCUUCAGGCCACGGUGUCAAACCUGCGCCUGGGCUGCCGGUACCUGACGAUAAAGCCCCUGAUGCUCGCGGGUGCCUCCCCCAGAGCGGCUCAUCAGAGGCUGUUGCUCCACCGGUGAUGCUCAGAGAUGACAGCAAUAAGAGGCUUUUAAAAAACAAAGGUGACGACGAUUUGUUUGACUGUCUUACAAACCUAAAGUCUGCUAUUCCCGUUACUGCGGACCACGGCCCGAGACUGCUUGGUCUCCCGGCUAUUCCGGAGGGCGGCUCCGAUGAUGAGCUGCUGGGCGACUGUCAGGAGAACCGCGGCGAUAAAAACCUUUUGGAGACUGGCAAGGGGUCUCUGGAUUUAAUGCUGGAGCCCUCUGAGAGCUCUGUGGCAGCCCAGGGCGCCCCCGGGGGAGGACGAGGAGGAGGAGGAGGAGGAGGAGGAGGAGGAAGGGCUCCUGGUGCCGGCGAGCCGAGCGAGCCGCCCACCAGGGUCGGUGUUCACGGUGUCAGUGCAGCUGACUCAGGCCCAGGUGUGAUGUCUCAUUCCAGGGAGUGUAAUAGUUAUUUGGAGAAACAAGAACUGAACAUAGAGGCAGGUGCUGAGGAGCGUGCAGAGCGUGACUUCUUUGAGCCUUCUGCUUCCUCUUCCUCCUUGUCAAAUCCUUCCCAGCCCUACUCUUCCUCUCGUCCCCUUCUCUCUGACACCCCGAGUCAUAGAGCAGAGUCUCCGAAAAAGCCAACAGCCGAGGGCUUCGCAGAUAAAGCAGGAAAUUCUGGCGAGAAGAAGCUCCUUCAGGCGCGGGUUUCACCCUCUGACGCAUCCCCUGCCCACGGGCAGCGGGGCGGUGAACCCGCGUCUCCCAAGCACAGACUGCAUCCCGUGAAGCCGAUGAACACCACAGUGACCAAGUCGCAAACUAAAAACCUGAACGUCAUCAGCACGAUGAGCGAAAAGCUGCUGGAGAUGAAUGUGAAGAAAUACGACCCUUCGGAUCCCGCCUACGCGUACGCGCAGCUGACGCACGACGAGCUGAUCCAGCUGGUGCUGAAGCAGAAGGACACGAUCACCAGGAAGGACGUGCAGGUGCGGGAGCUGGAGGAUUACAUCGACAACCUGCUGGUGCGCGUCAUGGAGGAGACCCCCAACAUCCUGCGCGUCUCCACGUCCGCCAACAAAAAAGCCGGGAAGAUGUAGGAGCGCUGGUUGAGCAAAGGGCUGAAUUCCCGCCGGUGGAGGUUGGUUAACGAGGAGACGACGCGGAGUCGGUGGGACCGGUCGUGCUGCCCGCAGAAAAUGGGCUCUUUCCUGUUCCUGCCUUGAGCAACUCUGUCUGAUUGGUAGUUACAUCAGCUCUUGUCGAUGGAGCCGGGAGCGGAGCCAACUUGCCAUAUUUAUUUUCUGGUGUCUUUCCAUGAUUUGGGAAGAUUUGGUGAGGCAUCUAAUCCAAAGGCUGAUGGCGAUAGGAAGGACGAAGGGUUUUUGAUGUGUUUUGCCUGCCAGCAAGGCACUGAUGAUCCUCUAGGAAGGUUUUUUUCCCAUGGUUUUGUUCCGUAGCAGCUUUGAUAGAUGAAUUACUCUUCUUUCUGUUUCAGUUGUAGUGCAAUACAAAAUCUUGUACAGUAGAGCUUGAGGAUUUGAUUGUUUUUAAAGAAGAAAAUUAAUAACUACAGAGAGAAGCCCAAAGAUGUCUGCUUCACACCAGGGCAGUUAAUGCCCUGAAAGGUGAAUGCAAGUUAAACCUUAGACUGAAAAGGAGGAAGUGAAGCGGAGUUAAUCUCGUGACGUACAUGUUGUUCAGAGCGGUUCUCCAGGGGAUUCUGGUGCAGGACACACGGAGGUGUCGUGGUACGUUUGUCCGCCGUAGGGAUGGCGCUGAACCUGGGCAGAGGUGCGUGUGAAAUCAGCAGCUGUUCAUUACAGGCGCCACGUUCCUGACCGGAGGUUGUUCGGGGGGAGCGAAGGUCCGGCCGUCCCUGUGCUGUGGUUCCCCCGUGUGGUGCGGCUGUCCCGGCCCGCGAGGGCGGUGACAAUUUGCCUCUGACACCUUCACAGUUCAUUAAAUGUAAAUACCUCGGGUUUUGGAGCUGGGGCUUCCCUGGAACAACCUCGGCAGGUGAUCAGUCUCAACACUUCUGUGCGUUCCUUGUGUAGCCGGGGAGGAACCAAAUCGCCCUCCCCUGGGGAUCGAGGCUUCCUCCCCCAACAAACUAAACGUGACUCUUGUCAAAGAUCAAAAAGCUCAGGCGCCUCUUUGCGGCUCUGGGACUUACCGGGUUGCCAGAGUCUGUAAAAGGCUUGGGAGAAAGCUGAAAUACCAAAGGAGGGGGCAGCAGAGGACCGAAGCAGACGCUCCUGCCCUCAGGAGCUGGGUCACUCCUGGCUCAGCUCCAGAGGGCUGCGUUUCUACCACCACUUUUCUCCAGCAAAGCACUUUAUCGCGGGACUGGACCAGCUGGGCCGGCUACCGACCUCUUAGCCGCCUGUUUUCAUAGAACACUGGACACUACUGGACACUCCUCAGACCGUAUUUUUGUAGUGAAGAGUAGUUUAAUAUAUUUGCCUAGAGAUGUGAACAUUUAUUGGAAAAAUCAAAAAAUGCUGUUAAUGACAUUUAUUACUGUAAACUGAUUCCCAAAGCCUGGAGCUGUUGUGGCCUUUGCGGGAAGCUGGAGCUGAAACAAACCUCAAGCAUUAUGAGUCUUCUAAGACUUCAGGUACUUUUUUCUGGUUUUAUUUGUAUUGGAGCAGAUGUCCUCAGUGCAGGGGCUGCUUGUUUCCUGCUUGGCCCUCCUGUGGGUGCAGGGUCUGAAACGCAGAAGGUGUUUGUAGCAUCUGCAGCUCUUGGCCGGUGGGUUUAAUUCUGAGUGGGACUGGUUGGCCUUGCUGAAAACCGCUGCUGCUUCUCGUGCCUUGCGGCAGGGAGGAAGAUGAAGGAUUGAUUUGUUUCCUCCUCGUGCCUCCGGAUCUCUGGAAAGAAGCAGCUGCCUGUACCUCACUAAUAGAUUUACCUUCUUAGACUUUGUUCCAGCUUUCUGAUGUUGUAGGUCAGAGAGUCAGAGAAGCCGGCUGUGCCUUUGAACGGUGGCUCAAUCAGUUGUUAUUGGCAGUGGUAAUGGGACAUGUGGGAAGUGAGGGUGGGCUCCUGCUUUUGCUCAUUUUAGCGCAACGCGGGUGCUACUGAGUCGCUGGCAGCACCGCGGCGCGGUGUGCGGUGCCUUUGGAGUGUGGAGGCGGUGAAUUUGGGUGACGUGUGUUCGUUCCUGUUGGCCAGAGCGGCGGGGUGUCCUUUUAGCGGUUUCUCUGGAGACACAAAGCCUUAAAACUCGCAGUAUCCCCCCGCAGCCUGUUCUGCGGUGACAGCCGGUGGCCCCGGGUUGUGUCUGGUGUGCCGCGGGUUGUUCUCUCCACACCCCGUACCUCGGUCUUGCAUUGGCAAUAACUCCUUAGAGCCUUUCUUUGGUGUUUCAUGUCCGGCAGGGUGCUUCACCUCGACUCUAAGGGCCUUAAGAAUCAAAUUAGUUUUUUGCUAUUGAAGGAUCCGAAUGUAUUUUUCCUGUGUUUAUACUGUCUGCUUUUAGCCUGGGUACCUGUUUGUUUUUAAAUGACUUUUGGUUUCGUGGAACACUAAAAUAAAAAUACCUUCAUUCUGA